GCAAGGAACCAAAAUAAAACAUUCAACAGUGAGAGAGCUCAUUUAGGUUUGGAGUCUAAAGGCACCACUUAUCUGCAGGAUUUCUAUCUUCUUGAUGUAGGUAAAGUUACUGACAUUUAAUUUGCCAACUCAGAAGUUUUAUUGAAGGUGUAAAAUGUAGUCAUUGUCUCAUUUUUUAAAUUUUUUUGCAGGAUUUAAGACAUUGAAAUAUUCAGUUUCGAUGUUGCACAGUGUAGCCACCUGAUGCUUUUGGGAUUUGUACAUAAAGGACUGUUAGAACAUUCGGCAGACAUCUGAAGACUCCCACAUGGCAAUGGACACACCAGUGGAUCCUUUAAAUGUGCGUUACAAAGAGGAAGAUGGGACAGUCUUCUUUGAGAGCUAUGUACCUCCUGCACGGGAUGCAGUCCACCUGCCGACCUAUGUCCUCUACCUGCUCAUGGCUGUCUUCAUCGUGCUGUUAGUUCUUUACGCCAUCAUCGGUCAUCUUAUCAAAGACCUCAUCCAUGACUUUGCAGACUGGUUGCUUGGAGAGCAACCCGAGGAGAUAAAAGUGAAUCUUUGCGAGGCCAAAGAUAAGUUUGUAGCAGACUGGUGCCCAGAGACCUCCCCUGAAUUAGAGGAGAUGGCCCGAGUGGUGGAGAACAAGAUGGCUGCUGAGGGACACAUGAGGUCCCCGACCAUAUGGAUCAUCUCUGAUGGCCUUGAUCCACGGGCAAUCAGGACAGGACCUCGUGUCGUAUUUGGAAAGAGGACUUAGAUGCAUGAACAAUAACAAAAUGAAGAGAAUCCACACUAAAGAUUUCUUUCAGACCUCAUAUAUCCUGUAUGAACACUGAAAUAACUGAAAGGACAGCAGCUAGAGUCACUCAUAAUGGUUCAGGGGUGAAGACAUCUGAAACUACACUGUAACAAUCAUAGUUUUUUAUAAGUGUAUGUGAGAGAGGCAAAGACACAAUGGUUUUAUGACCACAUCUAGUGUGUGUUGAGGUCAUUACA